AUGUCCUUUCGCAAGCGUAACAUCGGCUUGUCAGCAGGUAUCGACCGUACAGCUGUUCCCAAUGCCCCACCACAGCCAGCUCCAGAGUCCAAUCCAGGAAUUCGCCCCUCCCCCGAUGAUGGACGCCCAACUACUUCUACUGGAACGCCUUCGCUAGACAAUCUAAUGGCUGGCCAUGCAGGCCUUCCCAUGGGCAAAUCCUUAUUAAUUGAGGAGAAUGGAACGACGGAUUUUGCAGGUGCAUUGCUGCGAUACUAUGCGGCGGAGGGAGUCGUCCAGGAACAAAAGGUUCAUGUUGUUGGAGUACCCGAGCAAUGGGGUCGCAGUCUUCCUGGGUUGAUCGGCACAGCGGACUCGCUGAACGACAAGACGUCAGACAAGCGCAAGGAUGAGAAGAUGAAGAUCGCAUGGCGAUACGAGCGACUAGGCGAGUUCGGCGCGGGCAUUGCGGGAUCGCGAGAUGCUCCUGCCCCUGCAGCGGCUGGAGAUCAAGGUGGGAAGCCGCAGUCCGCCUUCUGUCACGCCUUCGAUCUCACUAAACGUCUUGCCCAUCCGUCUAUUACUAAUAUGAAAUUUACUCCGGUGAUGGCCUCAAGGGAAUCGCCAUUUACUGCCAUCUUGAAACGACUGCGAACCGCCAUCGCCUCGGACAGUCCGAGUACCAUUCACCGAAUCGUCAUUCCCUCAUUGCUCAAUCCCACCAUGUACCCACCAAACGCCUGCCAGCCCGAAUAUGUGCUGCAAUUCCUCCAUGGUUUGAAAGCUUUGUUGAGCGCAUUCGCAACCCGAGUUACCGCUAUGAUAACCCUCCCGUUAUCACUGUUCCCUCGCUCAACCGGCCUGGUCCGCUGGAUGGAGCUACUCAGCGACGGUGUCAUUGAACUCUGUCCUUUCCCGCACUCCUCUGAUGCCCUGGCAGCCUCUGGAGGUGCGACAUCAUCAGAAGAGCCGCCGCAAGGUAUGCUCAAGACUCAUCGUCUUCCAGUAUUGCACGAACGUGGCGGCGGCAGUGAUCAGAACGUGGGAUUGGACUGGGCGUUUAUCUUGAGUCGUCGGCGUUUCGAGAUCAAGCCUUUCAGCUUGCCACCGGAUGAGGGUGACAAAGAGGCACAGGAGGCAUCCACUUCCGGGACAAUGCCUAAGAAAUCCGAUCUGGAGUUCUAA